AUGCCGCGAGUCAUCUGCUCCGACCGCAGUAUGCGCGCAGUCUUCGGUCCAGCUGUACAGAAUAGCCUGCGGGUCAAAGACAGAUCUGGGAUCAGUGUACCAGUGCCUGAGGCCAAGGGGAAAUGUGGGGUGAACUCGGUGCGUGGAGAAAACGGGUCCCUUUCCUUCUACAGUCUAUACGACAGCUGUUACUCCCGAUUUGAGGGAGGCUCUGUAGUGGUAGUUCUGGAAGUCCAGUUGGACACAGGGGGUCCAUGGUUCCAGGUGAACAUCAGUUGUCCUCUCCAACAGAAUGAUGACCCAAAAGCUUACUUGCUUACGGGAAGCUGCAGAAUCCAGAAGUCUUUGCGUGUGCCCUGUGGACCCCAGGGCAUCUCUCAAGAUGCCUGUCUGAAACUGGGAUGCUGUUACUGCCGUUACGACACUGCUUGUUAUUACAGAACUGAUGCCUGCUCCUUGGAUGGAAACUUCGUGUUCUCAGUAAGGACAACAGACGCACGGCCCCCACUUUCCCUCAGCAGUCUGCGGGUCAGAGGCCAGCCUCAGUGCAUCCCUGUGGCGGCCACCGCUGAUGUGGCCAUCUUCAAAUUCGGGGUGACAGAGUGCGGCGCAAAGAGAGUGGUGACUGGGAAUGUGGUGAGCUAUGAGGUGGAGGUAGAGGCGCUGCCUGAGACUCAGACUAUAUUCAGAGAUUCACCUUUCAGUCUGCAGGUUCAGUGUCAAUAUGCUGGGUCAGUUCAGCUGCAGAUGAGCCUGCUGUCCAAGGACCCCACUAAGCCCCCACCCGCCACUGCACUGGGGACCGUCAAAGUGCAGAUGAGAAUAGCUACAGACAGCUCUUUCACCUCCUUCGUCCCUCCGGACCAGCUGCCCCUGACCUUGCCCCUGCGGACGCCCGUGCAUGUGGAGGUAUCCUUCACCGAGCCCUCCCCCAACCCGGGGCUCUCCCUGCAUGUGCGCGACUGCUUCGCCUUCCCAGCCUCCAGACACUCGCUCUGGACUCUGCUGCUGAACGGGUGUCCGAACCCCCUGGACAAUGAGAGGAGCUCAGUAUUUGUGGACACUGUGGGACAGUCUGUGUCACGCACUCAGGUCAAGAGGUUUGACGUGAAGACUUUUGCCUUUAUUGACCCCACGACCGGAUUGCUCAGUGCAGAACAGCUAUAUUUCUACUGCUGGGUGGAGAUCUGUAUAGAGGAGGCUGAGUGUGAGCAACAGUGCGCAACACCCUCAUCUGUGAGUACAAGGAUGAAGCGCGUGCCCAGGUCAGAUCGAGUCUCCCAGCUGGUAUCCUGUGGCCCGGUUCUGUUGGAUCAGAACAACAGCCAAAGGGAGCGGCAUCACGGAGAUGACACCACCACACUCAAUACCGCCACAGUGUAUCAGGUUCUGGCUGCGUACUCCUUCUCUGUUGUCUGUCUCUCUCUUCUGUUCACCCUCCUCUCCUCUGUAUGGCUGAGGGCGAGGAAGAGCUGUCAGGCCAGCAGAGCAAAUGGAGAACAGGACGUCAGCAUGGAAAUGGUAACCGCCUGCAGCAUGACUGAUCAGGAAUAA